AUGUCUGACAAGCCUGAUCUGACCGAGAUCGCCCGUUUCGACAAGGCAAAGCUGAAGAAGACGGAGACAAAAGAGAAAAACCCUCUGCCCACCAAAGAGACCAUCGAGCAAGAGAGGAAAGGCGAUGCCACACCUUGA